AUGCGCGCCCCCGACGUCGUCUCGCACAACGCGCUGGUGCACGGGUACGUCAAGGCCGGGCGGCUGGGGCUCGCCGUGAGGGUGUUCGAGGGGAUGCCCGAGCGGGACGCCGUGUCGUGGGGCACGGUGGUCGCCGGGUGCGCCAAGGCCGGGCGGCUGGAGAAGGCGGUGCGGCUGUUCGACAGGAUGAGGCGGGAAGGGUACCGGCCCGACGACGUCGCGCUCGCCGCCGUGCUCUCGUGCUGCGCGCAGCUCGGCGCGCUGGACAAGGGCCAGGAGGUGCACGAGUACGUGAGGCGGACCAGGCCCCGCCCCAACGUGUACCUGUGCACAGGGAUCGUCGAUCUCUACGCCAAGUGCGGGCGCGUCGAGGUUGCGCGCGAGGUGUUCGACGCGUGCCCGGAGAAGAACGUGUUCACCUGGAACGCGCUCAUCGUCGGGCUGGCGAUGCACGGCCAUGGCACGGUGGCGCUGGACUACUUCGACCGGAUGCUCGUCGAAGGGUUCCGGCCAGACGGGACCACGUUCCUCGGCGUGCUGAUCGGCUGCAGCCACGCCGGCCUCGUGGACACGGCGAGGAGGAUCUUCUACGAGAUGCAGCACAACCAUGGCGUUCCUCGAGAGCUGAAGCACUACGGAUGCAUGGCUGACCUCCUUGGCCGAGCCGGGCUGAUCGACGAGGCAAUGGAGAUGAUCUCGAGCAUGCCAAUGGAGGCGGACACGUAUGUCUGGGGAGGCAUACUCGCUGGCUGCAGAAUGCACGGGAACAACGUGGAGUUCGCCGAGGUUGCUGCCCGGCGUUUGCUGGAGCUGAACCCUGACGACGGUGGGGUGUACUCCGCCAUGGCUGGCAUCUACGCUGAUGCUGGUAGAUGGGAGGAUGUCGCGAGGGUUCGGAGAUCGAUGGAUGAAAUGGUUGGCAUGAGGAAUGUUGGUCGGAGUUCGAUUGCAAUGGAGCUCAAAGAUGGUAUCAAGAUGCUGAGCUGA